AUAUUGAACAGACGUCACAAAACCACAUUACGUAGAAAACUCACGAGCCGUACGGUUUUGUCGCCGCGAGUGGUCACGUGACGCCCGCCAUUGUGUAGCACUACCUUGUUCGUUUGCGACUUUCGACGUUUUUACUGAUGGUUUCUGAAAUUUUGGACGCGAUAAGGCAUUAAAAUGCCCUACUGUGCGGCUGUAAACUGUUCCAACCGUUUGGCGAAGGGAUGUGGAAAAACCUUUCACAGAUUUCCGAAAAGUGAUUCUGCUCUUCGUCAGAGAUGGACUGCAAACAUGAGAAGAGACCAGUGGACGUCAAAGCCUUACUCCACGUUGUGUUCAGACCACUUCGAAGAGAAGCACUUCGAUCGUACAGGCCAGACAACGCGACUUCGGGCAGAUGCUGUACCAACAUUAUUCAGCUUUCCACAGCAUCUCAUGAAGACUGUCAAACAACGCAAGGCCCCGUUUCCCCCAAACGCCGCCCAACCAGAUGUUCAGUUGCAACAAAAGGAAGACACUCCCACCUCAACGACUGAUGACCUUUCACCUGCAUUAGAAGACGUAGUUUGUGACGCCCCAGUGAGCGCUGUCCCCUCACCACCACCCAGACCCGUUCCAAAAGGCACCGACGGACCUCCAUUAAUCGCCCCUGAAAUCCCAGCCAAGCAGUCUGAUCACGAUCAUUCGUACAGUAUCCGUGAAAGCCCCAGGGGUGUUAAGCGUAAACUUGACAAGAUGUUUGACCACAUGUCAAACAUGAAAAAGCGCCUGAGAACGACUCAGACCAGAGCACGCAGGCUGAAGAAAAGGGUGGAGUCUCUGCAGGAGGUUAUUAAGACGCUGAAAGAGGAGAACAUGCUUUCUGAGAGUGGCCUGGAAAUGCUGGAGAAGACCUGCAAUGUGCCUGCAGAAAUAACGAGGAGACAUGUCAAACCAAAGGGCCAUGAUGUUCCUUCCCUCCAGGGAAAAGUGGCCACCAAUAAAUCCACCAGCAUCUCCAAUAUAAAAAAAGGACAUGUUUAAAAAUUGUCGAGGGAAGUGAUGGAUAAUAAAAACAUGAAGGGGUAUAGAUAUAGGCAAACUCGGUUUGACGGGGCUACCUAUAUAUGCCUAUAUAGGCUACCUGUAUAUGCCGAUACACUGCGCACGCUGAGCUGCCAAGUUGUGCCACACAAGAUGGCGGCGUGUGCGCUGAAGCGCUGCGCGGUGGCGACACUGCGUUGUUGUUGUGUCCGGGUUUGAGCUUUCUACAUCUUUCUAGUAGCAGGUGGACAGGAAGUGACGUUGGGGGUUCAGGGUUGACUUUAAGCUUGGUGUGACUUGGUAGGUAGCAAUAGCAGCCCAUGUUUUUUUUUUUUUUUUUUUUUAGGUCGAUCAUUGAAACAGCCAUGUAGCUUGUCUGAUGCUUGUGUGUCCCACCCAACAUUAUUGUUACAUUAUUGACACCUAGUGAACACAUCAGCAUCUUCUAAAUGCCUUAUGUGGGUAUUAGAGUUAAUUUAGCCGUCUCUAUAAUUGGAUAUGCUCUAUUAAGGACUGACAAAAUAUUAUUUAUUGAUUCAUAUAUUUUUAAAAAAACGUGGAGUGAACUUGUAAAUUUGUACUUAUUUUUCUUGUAAAUUUGCCGUUAUUGG